AUUGUUUUCUUUUCAGUUGUAGCAACCAACCUUUUUGUCAUAACUACGUGCGAUCCUUCAUAGAUUCCCUCCUUUUUCUCUCAAUCUUUACCUUUCUUCCAACUCUACAACUUGAUUUUUUUUUUCUCAUUAUUGAUGCCCAUGCAUCUGUUAAAGAAUCUCAACUCCAUCUUCAAAACCUUGAACUCUCCUUACUGGCCUUUUCUUUUACUUCUUUAUUUUGAUUUAUUCUGAGUUUCCAAGCUGUGGCCAAAGAACAAGACAAUCAGUCUUGGCACAUUUUUGUGUAUAUAAUAUAGCUUUAUGCCCAAGAAUACAGAAACAACAGAGCUCUCUGUUUUAAACUUUCCUUUUUUGGUAUGUGAAAUAUGGCAAGUUCAUCUGGUAUGAAUAUUAAAGAAGGGAUAAAUUCAUGUAGCGGGAAUAAUUCGAUAGGGGGAAGAGAUACUUCUUCUUCUUCUUCACCUACAAGUUUUCAACAAAAUCAGGUUUCAAUGGAUUGGACUCCAGAAGAACAAGCUAUCUUGGAGGAAGGUUUGGUAAAAUAUGCCUCCGAGACAAGCAUAUCCCGUUAUGCAAAAAUUGCAAUUUCGCUGAAGAACAAGACUGUUCGUGAUGUGGCAUUACGAUGCAAAUGGACCACAAAAAAGGAAAACAGCAAGAGAAGGAAAGAUGACGCAAAUCUAUUGAAGAAAAAUAAAGAUAGAAAGGAAAAAUUGACUGAUCCUACUGCAGCGUCGUCCCCUGUAGUAAUCCAGCCUGGUUAUGUUCCAUAUGCUCAAGGAGUGGUUUCAAAUAAGAGUGACGGUUUCACCUCAUAUCAUGCCACAGUCAGUGUCACCACGCAGCUUAUUCAUCAAAAUGCUCGGAUCUUUCAACAGAUUUCCGCGAAUCUUGUAACACAUCAAAUACACGAGAAUACUCGACUUUUGUGUCAAGCUCGAGAUAACAUCUUCAUGAUUUUACAAAAGUUGAAUGAGUCGUCAUACAUACUGAAGCAAAUGCCACCACUUCCUGUUAAGUUAGAUGAAGAACUUGCCAACUCUAUCCUUCCCCCUUCGACUCAUGCAAUUGGGUGAUGAUACUCACCACACGAUCCGCGGCUAUUCAUCUUAAGAUUUUACAGAGGGUAAAAGGCUGCCCUGCUUUUGUCAUCUCCACAGCGGAGAGAGCAAGAGAAAGAAAGAAAACGAAGAGUUGACCGACUUGAGUACAUUUGUUGGGCAUACUGUACUUGCUUUGUUGCAACCUUUCGCGGUAGAAAUCAUAGCUCAUGCUCGAAAACACUCUACAUUCAUAAAAUAGAGUUUACAUUAGAGUGAUUAUCAAGUUAAGAGUCUACCUAUUCUCACUCUUUUCUUGCCCACCUCAUCAAUUAUAUGCUUUGGUAAGUUAGUCAGCUAAGCGUCUGCCUAUUGUCACAUUUUCUCGCCUACCUUACCUAUUUGAACAACAAUCUGGAUUUAACUUAAACGGUAAUUUAUAAGGGUACUGACAAUGGAUUUUCACGUUACCAUUUAUUGUAGUUAGCAGGGGCGGAUUUAGGGGGCGGAAGGGUGUUCACCCGAACCCCCAUUUCACUGUAUAUGUAAGGCAAAAUCUGUUUUUUUACCUCUAUAUAUUAUGUUUUGAAUCUC